AUUCUCUCAUUCAAACGAUAUUUAUUGAGCACCUACUAUGGCCACACACUAGGCUAGGCAUUGGAGACACAAGCAUGCACUAGAGGUAUCCUGUGCCUGGCAAAAUGGAGCUCAAGGCCAUGAGCAGGUAUACCAGCCCAGUGAACCCAGCUGUCUUCCCCCAUCUGACCAUGGUGCUGUUGGCUACUGGCAUGUUGUUCACUGCCUGGUUCUUUGUUUACAAGGUAAUCUCCACCAGGUACACACAGGAUAUCUACAAAGAGCUCCUCAUCUCCUUGGUAGCCUCACUCUUCAUGGACUUUGGGGUCCUCUUCCUGCUGUUCUGGGUCAGCAUCUACAUAUGACUCCCAAGGAUACCAACCAGGUGGCUUCACUGAAUCCCUGCUUUUGUAAAUUAGUUUUUUUUUCUCACUAUUGCUGGAAGUGUCUUGCCUUCUGCUCACAAUAAAGGAAGGUGU